GUCUAUAAAUAUGACGCUACUCUGUCGCAGAAACGUCCAGUGCACCAGGACCAACAAGACGUUCGCCAAAAUUCAUCGGACAUUUGAUUCCUACAGAGCCCCAUCAUGUAUUUCAGCAUACUUGUCGUUGCGAUGCUCAUAUCGUUUGCAUCAGGCAAUCCAGCGGAUAAGCAGGUUGAUGAAGGCUCCGUUUUUAAUUUCGGCGAAAUGUCAUCCUGUGCUACUAAUUCAUACAGUUCUAGAUACGACGGAUAUGGUUGCUUUUGCGGAUUAGGAGGUCACGGCACCCCAGUAGACAAUUUGGAUGUAUGCUGUCAGGUGCAUGACAACUGCUACGGUGAUGUGGAAGCGGCUAACGGGGAACCCUGCCCCCAGGGCACCAACAUAUAUACCCUAGAAUACACUUACGAGUGUAGAGCACCCUGGAGUUGGUUCUAUAAAGCCGAAGAGCUUACCAUCACCUGCGAUGCUGAAGCCAAUGACGGAUGUGCGCAAGCAUUGUGUGAGUGUGACAAGACGGCAUCUCUGUGCUUCGCGGCGAACGAAUAUAAUGAUGAGUACGCCAGCUACGACAAGGAGAACAUGUGUACAGCCUAAAUAAUCGACGGGGUAGACUAUUCAUUGCGCACAACAUUCACAUUAGCAGCCCUAUAGGGCUGAAUUACAAUAGAAAAUACGGAAAGGCUAUAAGAUAUGCAUGGCAAAGAAUAGAUCAGCAAACUAUAUAAUUUUGUCAGUAAAGCAUCAAUGACGUUAUUACGAAUAUUUUCUUUGGGAAUAAGAAAAAAAAGUAGGAAAUUGAAUGUAGAAAAGCUAGAACAAUAUAUUUUCAUUCUCAAGAUUGAAUCUUUAGUUUUAGAGAGAGCAAACCAACAUAAAUAUACAUCAUUAUAGUUUAUUAAAAAGAGAAAUCGUCAUCUUAUAAAUCAUUUAUUUUCUUUUCACGGGUUAACAAUGAUUUCGACAGUUAAGUGUAUUACAGUAUUCUUACAUUACUACUUUAGCACUAGUUAUCUGAUUAUAUGGAAUUCGUAUUUGAAAGAUAUCGAACUUUAGAAUAAAGAUAGAACGAUUUUAAAUUAUAAGAGGAUACAUGUGACAUUUUCUUGAUGGAAUUCGCAUGAAAUUUGAAAUGAGUAUGAUCAAAUAUUACUUUAUUGGGUAAAGUUCACUCCACUAAUUACAGUUUACUUGCAUAAUAAUGAUCACACCGAACGAUUACUCCUAAGGUUAAAAAAAAUGAAAGCAUGGGGUACGACAAAAGAAGAUUGUUGAUCGAACUGAAAUUGUGUUUUUCGAGAUUUCGUCGAUUUUGUGCAAUAAAGUGAAUUAUACUCUCAAUUCA